AUGCUCGACGAGGAGGUUGAGAUGAAAAGCGGCAGCGCCGUCCGAUCCACGGUUGCUGAUGGAAGCCCUCAUGGUGCCGCAAGCAGCAGCAUCGAAUAUCGUCAGCGACAAAAGCUAGACCGAUACUUGAAUUUCUUUUCCUCACUAGCGUUUUCGGCGACUCUUCUUGCGUCGUGGGAAUCAGCUGGAGGCAGCUUGCAGGCCGGUCUCUUUAACGGAGGUCCUGCUGCCAUUGUAUAUGGCAUCAUUGUGAGCGGAGUGGGGAAUCUGGCAAUUGCCACUUCACUGGCUGAGCUGGCGUCAGUGCACCCGACAGCUGGGGCGCAGUAUCACUGGAGCUACGUUCUGGCGCCACGCUACCGGCGCUUCAUUAGUUUCUUCCAAGGCUGGUUCUUUUCUUGGGCUGCACUGGUCUGCAUCUCGCCCUAUUUCAUCGGCACGGAGAUCGAAGGCAUGGCUAUCCUGGCCUAUCCCGACUAUGAUGCAAAACGGUGGCAGGGAACCCUGCUCAUGUGGGCAGUAGUCCUGAUCCCGAUCAUCAUCAACAUCUUCGCCCGGCGCCUGCUCGCCAUCAUCGAAGUCGCAGCAGGCGUGAUGCACGUUGUCUUCCUCCCCGUGAUGAUUGCGACCUUUGUCAUUCUAGCCCCGCGCAAUUCUAAUGCUUUCGUCUGGGAUACUUUCGUGAGUGGUCUCAGUGGCUGGGAAAACCCAGGCGUCGUUUACUCCGUGGGACUCUUAGGUGUCAUCACACCCCUGAGUGGAGUCGACGGCAUCAUCCACAUGUCGGAGGAAGUCAAGAACGCCAAAGUUGUUAUCCCCCGGUCCAUGAUCUAUGGCACUAUCAUCAAUUCAGUCAUGGCAUUUGGCUAUCUCAUUGCCGUCCUCUACUGCAUGGGCGACUACACCGCUGCCCUCACCAGUCCAACGGGAUACCCCAUCAUUACCAUCGCCUACCAAGCCACCGGAUCCAAAGCGGCCACAUAUGUGCUGAUGGCUAUGGGUAUGCUUCCGGGUUGGAUUGCACUGUUUAAUGGCCUUGCGUCUGUCACUCGACUUACGUGGGCCUUUGCACGCGACAACGGGCUUCCGUUCUCUGAUUUCUUUGUGAAGGUUGAUCCACGAUUUAAAAUCCCUAUUCGGGCAUUAUUCCUCGUCACAACAUUGGUUAUCCUUCUCUCCUUUAUUCAAAUCGGGUCAUCGGCCGCCUUCAACGCUAUUCUCUCCCUGAGUACGUUAGGUUUGUAUAUUUCAUACCUAAUUCCAUUGGUCCUUCUGGUGUGGAAACGGUUUACCGCACCGAAGGAUAUUCCACAAGGCACAUUCUCUCUGGGGAAGUGGGGAUUACCCAUCAACCUGGUAGCGAUUCUGUUCGCUACUUACUUCUCCAUCUUCUUACCCUUUCCCUCUGAGGUGCCGGUGACUGGGGAGACCAUGAAUUAUGCCGGGCCGGUGUUGGGCUUCGUGAUGCUGUUUGCUUGUGGAGAUUGGCUGGUGCGAGGCCGCCAUAAGUGGAAUGGUCCGACUAUGGCGUAUUCGCGGGAGUGA